CACUCACUCAGGCCGUGCAGUCAAACACUGUUGUGUAAAUGUCGAUUGCCGAGUCAUGGAUUAGCCACAAGGACAAACACCUUCACUCAUCACUCAGCAGACUGGAGCACAGACGCGUGGCUGAUGCGGGACGUCAACUCUCGGCAGUCAAGCCACGUUUUAUAAACUCUCGUUUGUGUUUGAUUUGUUUUUGUAGCCGGCUAUCGAGCAGCUAAUAGCUAUCGAGCAGCUAAUAGUUUUUAGCACACUUGCUAGCUCCUCAGGAGGAACCGCUGUUGUUGACAAGUGGAGCGUCUGCACCGCUGAGCUGCAGCCAUGCUGUUCAUGCAGAGCUACUGCGAGGCCAACUCCUCCAUCUCCCACACCUGGGUGGACGAGGGCAUCGCCCCCUGCUUCUACUUCACACUGGUCCCCGCCAUCCUGCUCGCCGCCGCCUUCUUCCUCGGCACCAUCCACUGCAUGUGCUAUCAGCGAUAUGGCACCGCGAUGGAGCCCAAGUUCAUUCCACGCUCCCACCUCUACGGCGUGCAGCAGGCCAUAUCCGUCCUCCUCCUGGUCCAGUUCCUGGGUGGGGUAGUGUGGCAGGGGGCGGCCGGAGGAGAGCUCCCGGGCUACGUGGUGCUCUACGGCUGCUUCUCCGCGCUGGGAUGGGCCUGGGCCAUUGCCCUGCUGAGGACGGAGAGACGCAGGGUUCUGCUGAUGGACAGGACGAGGGGGCACAGCACGUUCCUGCUGCUGUUCUGGGCUUUGGCUUUCUCGUCCGAGAACUUGGCCUUCGUCUCCUGGUACAGUCCUCACUGGUGGUGGGGGCUGGAGAACUAUCAGCAGCAGGUGCAGUUUGCGCUGUGGUUGAUUCGCUACAUUGGCACCGGGCUGCUAUUCGCCAUUGGACUCAAGGCUCCGGGGUUGCCACAGAGACCAUACAUGCUGCUGAUAAACGAAGACGAGCGGGAUGUAGAGAACAGUGGACAGAAUCUGUCGGGCAGAACAGAACCGAACGCGUCCACCUGGCAGGGUUUCAGAGAGAAGGUCCGGCUGCUUGUUCCCUACAUGUGGCCCAAAGGCAACAUCUUUCUCCAGCUGCUGGUCAUCUUCUGUUUAGGGCUGCUGGGAGUCGAGAGGGCUAUUAACGUCUUUGUGCCUAUUUACUACAAGAAUAUUGUGAAUGAUUUGACUGGUGGCAGCAGCUGGCACACCGUGGCCACCACAGUGGGCAUUUAUGUCCUGCUCAAGUUCCUGCAGGGUGGAGGGGCAGGUGCCUCCGGGUUCGUCAGCAACAUGCGAUCCUUCCUGUGGAUCCGAGUGCAGCAGUUUACCGACCGCGUGGUUCAGGUGCGUCUGUUCGCCCACUUGCACUCCCUCUCGCUGCGCUGGCAUCUGGGCCGCAAGACCGGAGAAGUGCUGAGAAGCAUCGACCGCGGCACUUCCUCCAUCAACAGUUUGCUCAGCUACAUAGUGUUCAGCAUCUUCCCUACCAUCGCUGAUAUUGUCAUCUCUAUCAUCUACUUCGUCACAUAUUUCAAUGCUUGGUUUGGCCUUAUUGUCUUCAUCUGCAUGGCCCUGUACCUCACUUUGACCAUCAUCAUCACUGAAUGGAGGACAAAGUUCAGACGGGACAUGAAUCUGCAGGACAACAACGCCAAGUCCAAGGCGGUGGACUCCUUGUUGAACUUUGAGACCGUCAAAUACUACAAUGCAGAGAACUACGAGGUUGGCCGCUUUGAGGAUACCAUCUUAAAAUAUCAGGUGUCGGAGUGGAAGACCCAGGCGUCUUUGGCCUUCCUCAACCAGACACAGAACGUCAUCAUCGGAUCGGGCCUGCUGGCCGGUUCCCUGCUCUGUGCUUACUUUGUCACUGAAGGAAAAUUUCAGGUUGGAGACUAUGUUCUCUUUGGUACUUACAUCAUCCAGCUGUACACCCCCCUUAACUGGUUUGGAACCUACUACAGAAUGAUCCAGAAGUCUUUCAUCGACAUGGAAAACAUGUUUGAACUUUUUGAAGAAGAAGAGGAGGUGAAAGAUGCAGAGAACGCUGGGGAUCUGCUCUACGAACAGGGAAAAGUGGAGUUUGAGAAUGUUUACUUCAGCUACACAGAUGGCAAGGAGAUCCUCAAGGACGUUUCCUUCACUGUGCCGCCGGGACAGACAGUCGCCCUGGUUGGACAGUCGGGCUCUGGGAAGAGCACCAUCAUUCGACUGCUCUUCCGUUUCUAUGACGUUCAGGGAGGCUGCAUUCGCAUCGAUGGCCAGGAUAUAUCCAAAGUGAAGCAGAAUUCCCUGCGGGCUCAUAUCGGCGUGGUUCCCCAGGACACUGUGCUUUUCAACAACAACAUCCGAGAUAACAUCCGCUACGGUCGCAUCUCGGCUAGUGAUCGGGAGGUGGAGGAGGCGGCUGUGGCCGCUGAUGUCCACGAUAAAAUCAUGUCCUUCCCUGAAGGGUAUGAUACACAGGUGGGCGAAAGAGGUCUGAAGCUGAGUGGAGGGGAGAAGCAGAGGGUGGCCAUUGCCAGAACUAUGCUCAAAGCACCACAGAUCAUUCUGCUGGAUGAGGCAACAUCGGCUCUCGACACACAAACGGAACGCAACAUCCAGGCGUCGCUGGCUAAAGUCUGUUCCAAUCGUACAACAGUUGUUGUAGCUCACAGGUUGUCGACCAUCAUUGGAGCAGACCAGAUUCUUGUUAUAAGCGAUGGUCGGAUAGCUGAGCGAGGAGGACACGACGAGUUGCUGCUCAAGGGAGGCAUGUACGCGGACAUGUGGAUGAAGCAGCAGCAGGCCCAGGACUCGGAUUCCUCGUCAGACACGGAAACCAAAGAUCGCAAAUCUGAGAAAAUGCAGCCGCCGUCAACAUCAACAUCCUCAGGCCACCACGGCCACUGAAUGUAUUUGUUUUAUUUUGUUCGUUUUUUUAAGUUAGAACUCUAAAUUUUAAUUUGCCUUUUGAUGACAAUAUUAUUUAUCUGUAGAAUUAUUUAAAUUGAAUGUGUGCACUUGCAGGGCAGGGACAAAAAGGGAGGUGCCUUAACAAAACUGAGUAAAUGUAAACACAACAGGAGUUUAAAUGAAACAAAAGACAUUUGGUUUUAUAGCUCGUGUUUAUACUCAACAUUUGGGAACAGCAGCAAAAAUAUCAAAUUACUACAACAUCAUUGGAAAAAAACAGAUGAAACAAAAGCUCCCAUACCAACCUUGUUAAUAUUUUUGUUUGCACUGUCUGGUUAUUUAAAAAAUGUUGAACUAGAAAUAAGGGGAAAAACACUUCAUUUUGUACAGCUGAUGGGCUAAUGGUUGCUUAUUCCUAAAGUAUUAUAUAUAAAUAAGAAUUGGUCGGUAUACAGGCCGUCAGGGAUUGCAUUCAGCUUUGUUUUAUUUUUUUGUGUUUGGUUGUCAGUUAAUGAGCUCUUCUGUUAUAUUAAGUGAUAUUUUUUAAAGUGUAAGCCUCUGUGAUCACUACGAUUAAGUAUGAUGUUGAUGAUCUUGAUGGUUUGUGUCAUUUAAUUGUCAUGGAUUAAUGGUUUUAAGGUAAAAUGUUGCAAUGUUAAAAAAAAAUUUUAAAUGAAAAUUUUCAAGGCUGAUUUAGAUGUACAAUCCAUGUCUGCCUGUUGUUGGCAGUUAAAGACUUUUCAUGGCAGGCAUUUUGACUUUUUGUGAGGAUGUAAUGAAACCAAGUUAUCAGUUAGAUCUAUGCUCAUACUGCAUUAACUGACGUGAUAUAUGCCAUCAUACUCAAUGCGGUAAUAACACCCACCAUUAUAAUCAUUGAAUGUAAUAUGAGUAUAUACAAUCAUUCUUUAUUUCUAAAGAAUAGAAAAUUUGACAUUUUAUAUCUACCUCGCAAAGGGUAUCGUUCACGAUUAUUAUUAUAAUUAUUACUUUUUGUAAGUUUUUCUUGUGAACAUUAAAAAGUUUUUCCCAGCUA